CUCGAGCUCACCAAGCCACUCCUGGUCCUGGGAGGACUAGGUACAGGCCCGGGAGAGUUCGGGGUGCGCGUGGACACGUGUGGAAAGCGGCGGCGUAGAGAUUCCUGGAGCAACGCCGACGCCAAGGAGGCGGGGCCGGCGAUUUGAAUCUGGCGGCGGGCGGCGGGCAGCGGCCGGCGGAGGAGAAGGUGGGGAUCGCGGACGGCUGGGUUGAGUUCCUCGGGCCGGACGAGGCAGCUCCCGGCGGCCGGCUUGGCGGCCGACAGUUGCCUUCUCGAGCGAACCGUCAGCCCUUGCACGACACUCAGGCGGUGGAACGUUCCAAAUACACGCAGUGGGAGGAGAGCCCAGCUGCGGGAGUGAGAGAUGGAUAGCAACCCCAAAGACAGCGAGCAUCUUGAAACCAAGGAGCCUGCUCUUCGUGAUGAUGAAAAUUCCUCUUUCAUUUUGGGAAAUGAGAAUCUUGUAACUCCUCAGAAGCAUGAACCUGAAGUGACUCCUGAUGGUUGCACACUGGAUACUUUCAAGUCACCUUUGGACUUUUCCACAGUAACAGUAGAGCAAUUGGGAAUUACACCUGAAAGCUUUGUAAAGAACUCUUCAGGAAAGUCCUCAUCCUACCUUAAAAAAUCCAGACGACGUUCUACAAUCGGUGCUCGGGGCUCCCCUGAAACAAACCAUCUUAUUCGUUUCAUUGCUCAGCAGCGGAGUUUAAAGAAGGCAGAGAAGUCUCCUUUGACACAGAAUUCCCCUUUUCUGGGCAGUCCUGUACCAUAUCGAAAUGUUAAUUCUUUAAGGGAGCGAAUGUCUGCCUUCCAGUCAGCUUUUCACUGCAUAAAGGAGAAUGAAAACAUGAUCGACCAUCCUGAAUUCUCAGAGGCUGAAGGAGAGUUCAAGACAACAGGCUCAUCCAAAAAGGAACAUCUUGGUGGAUGUCAAGAGUCUGAGUUCCCCGCAAACUUAUCAUCCAAGCGUCGAAGGAUAUCCUCUCAGAGUGGCUUUGAUGAAAAUCUCACAGAUGCGGUUCAUCUCCAGAUAUUCCAUAGUGCCCCUUCUCCUGAUACAGGCAAAAUGUGUGCUGUUGAAGCUGCACCUGCAGAUUUUUCCAAGAAAUCUUUUGAAUCUGGUUUAACACGGUCUGGAUAUUUAGUUGGAGAGUCUGUUUCACUUUCCAAGCUCACAGAGGCUUCAAGUGGAGUCAUGGUUGCCGAGUGCGUAGAGGGCAAAAGAUCAAGGGACGCUGUUCCACUUGACAAUUUGAUGGAAGUGAGCACAGACACUACUCCUGAAGUCAGGUCCCUGGUUACUUCACAGUGUACGAGGGACGUUUCAUCCUCUGAGACCUUUGUACUUCGUUCUGUGCUAAAGAAAACCUCUGUUAAGCUGUUUCCAGAGGGCCUGCAGGAACACUGUGACAACCUCUGUGAUGAUGGGACUCAUCCAGGCUUAAUCUCAAGUCUUGCAAACUAUUGCAAAGAACAAAAAGCAGAAGGUCAAGAAAAUUGCAAAGUGCCAGCUUUCCUAAAUAUCAGGAAGAGGAAAAGAGUUACUUUUGGAGAGGAUCUAAGCCCUGAGGUGUUUGAUGAGUCUUUGCCAGCAAAUACUCCAUUGCGUAAAGGAGGAACGCCUGUCCGCAAAAGGGAUUUAAGUGGUGUCAGUCCUCUGCUACUUGAGCAAUCACCAGUUCCUGUGCAGCUACAGUUAUCACAACCAAAUUUUGAUGACAAGGGGGAGAAUCUUGAAAACAUAGAACCUCUUGAGGUAUCAUUGGCAGUUCUGAGUCCUGUUAAUAAGUCUUCAAUCUCUGAGACUCUUUCAGGAACUGAUACCUUCAGCUCUGAAAAAAACCAUGAGAAAAUAGCCUCCCAUAAAGUUGGUAGAAUAACACGGGCCUCUAACAGAAGUAGUCAAUUGAUCACUUUUGCAGAAGAGAAUGUUUGCAACUUAUUUAAUACAGAAGCUCAGCCUUGUAAAGAAAAGAAAAGUAAUAGGAGGAAAUCUCAGGAAAGGAAGUCCACAGGAAGGGUACUUUCUAAAAAGAAUCAGGCUUUAAAAAGUUUCAGGAAGAAGAAAGCAAAGGGAAAGAAGAGCAUUCAGAAGUCUUUAUAUGGGGAAAGAGACCUUGCUUCAAAGAAGCCGCUGCUCAGUCCUAUUCCGGAGCUGCCUGAGCUUUCUGAGAUAAUGCCUCCCACUCCAAGCCCCGGAAGACUGUGUUCAGAUGAUUUCAACUCCAAUGGUGAACUUGAAGAAACAAAGCUUCCUAAAACAAAGAAUCUUUUGCCCCAGAACCCGGAAGAUUUGCAGAUGAGUCAAGGCUUUAAUAAAUAUGAUCUGUCUGCAUCGUGCAGCCCUUUCACGAAAAGGUCCUUGUCGCUUAUCAACGCUACUUUAGAGCAAGAUUUAAAUAAAAGUGCCAUAGCCACUAAUGAACAGAAAACUAUUCCAAAAGCAGAAAUUAAAUCAGAAGGCGAAAACGGACUGAGCGCCGGCUCCGAGAGUGGAAGCAGUCAUGUUUCUUGUGCUCCUGUGACUGCAGAGCCCCUGGCAUCAGACCGUGCAGAAUCCAGUAACAUCCCGCCACCCCGGGAAUUGGCUGCUGCCGGUCAGAAUGUGGAGAACCUUUUUCAGAUCUUUAAAAUUUCAGAAAAUGUAAACAUAAAGUAUGAAAAACAGGAUGACUUUUUAAUAGCUACUGAAGGAAAACGGCAGGCCAUGCCCUUAACAUCUGACUUUAAAAAUGAGGAGAUCUUAAGUGACCAUAUAAAAGACAGUGAAAGUCUGAAUGCAGCUUUGGGAAGAAGCUCUAUAGAAGGUCAAAGUGGCAUGGGUAUGAGUGGUGGAGAAAAGAAGCACAGAAGGCGCUCUACGUGUUAUUCCGAUGGCCAGAUUUUAUAUUUGGAAAAAACUGGAAAUCACAAACCUCCCUACGUGGUGAGCAACUCUCUAGAAAUUGGUUUAGAAAAUUCUGAACUGUAUAAAGAUUUAUCCGCCUCCAUAGAGCAAACCUUCCAGAGAACAAAUAGCGAAACAAAGGUAAGACGUAGCACAAGGCUACGGAAAGAUCUGGAAGAUGAAGGGCUUGUAUGGAUUUCACUUCCAUUUCCUUCCACAUCCUACACUUCCCAAAAAAUGAAAAGGAGAACAAUAUGUACGGUUGACAGCAGAGGAUUUGAAAGCUUGUCUCUCUCUCAAGAAACUGCAUCUUCUGGACAGAACCAGAGUCUUUCGCUCCCUGUGUCAGGUAAAGAAAAUAGGGAGGGCUUUGCUGCCAGGGCUUCCAGCUCUUCUGGAAAGAGGAGGAAGAGCCUCUGUACAUCUACACUCGCAAAUUCAAAAGACACGACUCAGUCAAAGUGCUUCAAAAGAAGAACCUCUCUCAGCCAAAAGGGAGAGACCUCUCUAAAGGACUUCGAAAGAGUGGGACAUGUCCCAGAACUAAAGCAGUGACUGGCAUUUCCUACAGAACCUGUGGCCGCAGAGAAGGUAACCAUCCGUGCUUAAAAGAUCCUUUCAUUCUGCUUCUUGUCCUUUGUUCAACUUCGGUGUUUUAAAAGUUUCAAAUAAAAUCAUUUGAGUUGAACCUAUUUGUAAGUAGAAAUAAGUGAAUUUCUUCAUUCCAAAGGGAAACAUUCUAUUAAAAAUGUUCUUCCCUCCCCAAAUAGUACAUAUUUACUAAAGCUUUCACAUUAGUACAUGUUCACUGAAGCUUUAGAGUCUCGUCUCCGUUUUAAAAAAAUGUCUUUUAGAAGUGACUCAUUCUGUCUGCAUGAGAAGAGUUUAAAAAACAAAAUGGUGGAAUUAAUGUAAUUUUGUAAAAAUUGAAGGUAAUAAAUAUAAGGUUAAACACUGUUAGAAAAUGAGAAAAGGUGUGUUUUUAAAUGCUGCCCCCAAAAAGGAGUUAAAGAAUGUUAACAGGAAAGAUAGAAAUAAUAAGACUUGUUGGUUGAAAGUUGAGAAGCUUUAAUGAUUUACUUUGUCUCAAGUGAAAAUUGUAUAUUAAUAGGUUAAAAUCAAAACCUAAACAUGGCAUUUUGGAAAAUUCUUUUAAUAAUCAGAAUAUUAUAAAUCUAGCAUUAUAAAAUGAAUAUAUAGUUUAUAAAUAACUUGGGUGAAAACAUUGUGUCCUUCAAACAAGAUUCUUACGUGCUUUGUGGGGUGGGAGGUGCAGGACUGGUUUUGGUGAAAACAGAGCAGUUUAGUUGAAUCAUCUUCCAGAUCAUUCCAAUUAGUCACAUUUAGGAUUUAUUCCAAGAAAUCCCAAAUUAGUAAUUUGGGAUUUAAUUCAUGGUUCUCCAUUAAAACAAUUAAAAAAAAAAUCCAGAAACUCAUAAGAAAGGGCGCUGGAAAAUUCGUUUACUUACCAUGAAGGUGGUGGUAGAUGGCUGAUUUCUUUUUUAACAUGGUCUUUUCCAGCAGUUCUAUUUCACAACAGCAAGUACUGUCACUUGUUUCGGAUUUUCCAGUUACAUUUCAGCAGUGUGCUCUUCUAUCACUGUUUUGAUGACAGCAGUUUGAAAAUCUAAAUUGCUAUAUAUCUGGAAUUUGUGAAUGCACAUAAAUCAUUGUAUCAUUAAACAAUUGUCUUUGAAAUCCUUUAAAUCAUUAAACUCUCCCUCUCCCUGAUAGCAGAAACAUGUUAACAAAUAGAGCUCUCUAUAAAUAACACAACAGGGAAGAAAGCUCCUGCUGAGUGCCCAUUUCCCCCGCCUCAGAGAGAGACUAUUUGUUACCUUCUUGGCACCAAUAGGUCUGGAAGCCCUGCUGCUAAAGACUAAAUGUAUUUUACAUUAACACUCAAAGUGAUCCCCAAUUUCUUCUGCUAAAAGGUGGAUUGUUUAAAAAAUUCUUUUAUCUUUACACGUAAAUUAUUUAUGGGCUUUUUUUCCCUCCCCGUUUAUAGUUUGGUAUGGUUGGCAGAUCUCUAACACUGAAAACAGUCAACCCCUCCAACACUCCCCCCGCCCCCCCCACUCCCUGCAAAAAACGAAGCAUUUUGGUUUUGGUAAAUUUAAAAAGAAAAGAUUUAAAACUUUCAGAAACAUGUGAUGUUUAAGAGUUUUGUUGUUUUUAUUUUAAAGCUUUUUGUUCUCGUUUAAUGUGAAGGCCAAAACUACUGAUCGUUUUUUUCUCCCCUUUUUGCUGUAUGAUGUAUGAUCUCAGUUGUAUUUGAAUUUUAAGAAUUUCACAUGCUUAUUUUAUUUCUUAAAAUGUGCUAAUGAGGAUGAGGGAAACAUUUGAUCUGUGGGAUUUGUUUUUGGCUUGAGUUUUCAAGUGUAAAAUUGUUUUCUGGCAUCUCCAGUUAAAAAUGUAAACCCUUGAUGCAUUUUGUUGGUUUUAGGGUGUGUGGGUAUAAAUGUUUUGUUGAUACUUGUAAAUAACAAAUGGGCAGUUUUUCAAAAAAAGAAGGGGUCUGAGAAAUCAAAGCAAUUUGGACAUAAUUUUAUCCACUGUCUCGUUUGUAUCCCAAGAUUUGUGAAAAGUUAAUUAUUUCUGUAUUUGAUCAUGCUUGCUUGUUUUUUUAGAUGUUUCUUUUCAUUAAUGGUUGAAUCAGAAACUGGGCUUUGGAAGAGUUUUGUACUUGCCUUAUCUUUUUUACUGCAGUAACCCUUGACAUUCUGCCUUAGGAAAUCUGUGUUAUCUUUUGUUGAUCCUGUAGAUUCUUGUUUGUUCCAGAAGAUGGCAGCAUGACAUCUGGCUACAUUACCUUAAACCCCGGGCAGCUAGUCACUGUUGCUGUGGGUGCUUCUCUUUAACUUUUAGUUUCACUCAUUUAUAUCAUCAAAGGUCCUGUAUGUCUAUCGGAACAAGUAGAAAACGGUACACAAUUGAAAACUGUCUUCUUCACCCCAUGUGAAGCAUCCUGUAGCCACACCUGCCUCUUCCUGAAAGCUUUCUGUAUAAGCACUUAACAACUGGCCUGCGUCUUCCAGACCUUCGCCUGUGUCAACAUGCUUUCGAACGGGAUCACUGUAAUGUGCGGUUCUGCAACUCAGUUUUUUUAUUCAAUAAACUACCGUGUUGUUAUGGG